AUGUCGGCGAGUCAGACGCAAAUACAGUCGAGAGGCCAUGCGGGACAUUCCCAUGGCCACGGCCACAGUCAUGACACGGCGUACCUGACGUCGAAGAACAAGAAAGAUCCGGGGGUGAGAAUCACGAGAAUCGGACUCUUCGUCAAUGUCGGCAUGGCCAUUGGCAAGGGGGUCGGAGGAUACGUCUUCAACUCGCAGGCCCUGAUCGCGGACGGGUUCCAUGCCUUGACCGACCUGGUGUCAGACUUCAUGACCCUUGCCACCAUCUCGUGGUCCCUGAAGCCAGCUACGUCUCGGUUUCCGAGCGGUUACGGCAAGAUCGAGAGUUUAGGAGCGCUGGGGGUGAGCGGGCUGCUGCUGUUCGGUGGCAUUGGCAUGGGUCUGAAUGGCUUGGACGCUCUGUACACUCAACUGUUCCUCGAUGCCGCUACUCUUGCUGCUCAUGCACACGAACAUGGCGAGCAUUCGCAUGGGUUGUUCUCGUUCCUGGGUCACAGCCACAGUCAUGGAUCGUCCGUACCAGACAUCAAUGCUGCAUGGCUCGCUGGCGCGUCUAUCGUGAUCAAGGAGUGGCUAUAUCAAGCAACUAUGAAAGUUGCACGGGAACGAAAAUCCUCGGUCCUUGCUUCGAAUGCUGUCCACCACCGAGUCGACUCCCUGACCAGCAUCGUUGCCCUAGCCACGAUCGGAGGAGCACAUGUGUUUACGGACGCCUCAUGGCUAGAUCCCGUCGGUGGCCUGCUUAUAUCGAUGAUGGUUAUAAGAGCCGGAUGGAACAAUACUAGAGCAGCCUUGCUGGAGCUUGCAGAUGUCACGGUCGACGACGAAAUCAAGGCAUCAGUUCGCAAAGCCGCUACCCGAGCUUUGAAGGGGGACCUAGCCAAGGGCAUCCCGGCGGUCGAGUUCGGCGAUCAGGCAGAAAUCAGAGAUGUCCAGGGCGUCAAAUCGGGCCAAAACUACCUGAUGGACAUUGAACUGGCCGUGCCUAGAGACCUUACCCUAGAGCACAUGGAAGCACUCGAGCAUGCCGUGCGGGAGAGGGCUGGCACCAAAGUACGCGGCGUUCGUCGUGUGCGUGUCAAGUUUGUCCCGGUUGAGGAUACGCAUACUACGCUCGCUGGCGAUUUUAUCGACGGCGAGAUCAGUGUGAGGAGCAGCCCGGAGCCCGAGGACGAAGUUGACCAUGACCACGACCACGACCAUCAACAUGACCAUAAUCAUGAACAUGAACACGGUCACCCAAACAGCCAUGUGCACACCACAACGGAGAGCAAGAAGGAUGCUUGA